AUGAGUACUCAAGAAUUGUUUGGCGGUGCCAUUGUGGCGCCUGUUCUCGGCUCUUUUGUGGAUGCAAGUCAAUUCCGUCAAAUACCAGACAACCAAGAGGUUUUUGUAGACAUGAAUACACAACAAAGUUUAAUCUUUGAGCUAUUAGAGCAAGUAGAAGCUACAAACGAACAAGUGGCCAAAUAUCACUUUCAACAAUUAGCAGAUGAUAACGAAGCUGCUGAAUCCACAGUAACUAUGGUCGAUAGUUUGAAGCCUCAAGAUGUAUCCCCUCUUUUACCUCAAGAUGCCACUGAGAUCUAUGUCUUGCAAGGCUCUCAAAAGAUUGCUAAAUUCAAUGAAAGCAAUGCAUUCAACACGGUAGAGAUUAUCCUUGUUGUUGUGCGUCUGACCAAGGUUGAAACUGAUUUUGUCAUCUCAGUAAACGCUCCAGUCAAAUUAGCUUCCACCAGCAGCGAGCAAGAAUCUGUCAAUGAAACAAGUGCUGUUACUAUUGACACUGUCAAACAAGAGAUGUUAACUAUUUUGAAAGGCCUUCAAGUCAAAGAUUGGAGCCUUUUUGGUUAA